AUGGACUCCCGUCGGUUGACGGUCCUGUACGGCAGCCAGACCGGCACAGCCCAGGAUGUGGCCGAGCGAGCGGCGCGGGAAGCCAAGAGACGACACUUCUCCACCAAAGUACUCCCCAUGGACCAGUAUCCUAUUGCCUCCCUUAUCCAUGAGCCAGUGGUGAUAUUUGUGUGUUCCACUACUGGGCAGGGGGACGAACCAGACAAUAUGAAGGUAUUUUGGAGGUUCCUUCUGAGGAAGAAUCUUCCCUCCAACUCCCUGUGUCAGCUCAACUUCGCUGUGCUGGGCCUGGGGGACUCUUCCUAUCAAAAGUUCAACUUUGUGGCCAAAAAGCUCCAGAAGAGACUACAGCAGCUGGGUGGAAACCCCCUCCACACCCUCGGACUGGCAGACGACCAACAUGAUCUGGGACCAGAUGCAGUGGUGGACCCGUGGCUGGGUGUACUGUGGAACAAGGUGAUGAGUUUGUACCCUCUGCCUCCUGACAAAACUAUCAUCAGUGAACACAUCUUGCCUCCUCCCAGGUACAAAGUACAGUUUGUGGAUGGAGACCAGGACAGCAUCAACGGCCUGCAUGUACCUGCAGACAAGACUGGGUCUAAACCUUCACAGAACAACCCGUUCUGUGCCAGACUGGUGUCCAACGACAGAGUCACCGCUCACGACCACUGGCAGGAUGUGCGACUGAUUAAGCUGGAUGUGUCUGGAUCUGGCUUAAGCCAUGCAGCAGGAGAUGUAGUGAUGAUCCAGCCUCCCAACCUGCCAGACGAGGUGCAGACCUUCAUCCAACUGCUUAAACUCAACCCUGAGGACAGGAUACUACUGCAGCAGAACGACCCAGACGUCCCCCUGCCCCCCACCCUCCCCCAGCCCUGCAGCAUACAGCACCUGGUGGAACAUCACCUGGACAUCCAUGCUGUGCCCAGGAGGUGGUUCUUCACACUUCUGUCUUACUUCGCUGAAAACGAACUGGAGAAGGAGAAACUGCAGGAAUUCAGCACGGCAGAAGGCCAGGAAGAGCUGUAUGCUUACUGUAAUCGCCCCAGAAGAACAACCCUAGAGGUACUACAGGACUUUCCUCAUGUCACCAACACCAUCCCUGUAGAGUACCUGUUUGAUCUCAUCCCACCCGUCCAGCCAAGGGCCUUCUCCAUCGCUUCUUCUCUACAGGCGAAUCCCCAUGAAGUGCACAUCCUGAUGGCUGUAGUGCAGUACAAAACCAAGCUGGUGACACCUCGCAGGGGGCUCUGUUCAACAUGGCUGUCUGCUCUCAACCCACAGAAAGAUGAUGUCAGGGUUCCUAUGUGGAUAAGGAAGGGCACUAUCUCCUUCCCAAAGACCCCUGCCACCCCCGUCAUCAUGGUAGGACCCGGUACAGGGCUGGCACCCUUCAGGGGUUACAUACAGGAACGUACCACUCUGGGCAUCACAGGAAAUUUCUUGUUCUUUGGAUGUCGGAACAAGGACAAAGACUUCUUCUGUGCAACAGAAUGGCAGCCACUAAUGGAGAAAGGACUUCUUACUGUGUACACUGCAUUUUCCAGGGACCAGGAGGAGAAAAUCUACGUUCAGCACAGAAUAAAAGAGAAUGGAGCAGUGAUUUGGGACCUUAUCCAUAACCAAGAAGCGUGGAUCUUCGUUGCAGGGAAUGCCAAACAGAUGCCUACAGACGUACAGAGUGCCCUGCAGUCAGUACUGAUGGAACAUGGGAACAUGGGGGAGACAGAAGCAGACAGAUACAUCCACAACCUGGAGCACAGGCGGCGAUACCAGGUGGAGGCAUGGUCAUAACCCCACCACAACCACACAGUUUGGCUCAAAUGAGCUAAAUGAAAUUUUUUAUUUUAGAGAAACUGUUACAAUGCAAUACAUAUGGGACACAGACAGCUGUUGCUGGUGUUGUGUAUCACAAUCUGGAGCACAGGCGGCGCUACCAGGUGCAGGCUUGGUCAUAACCCCACCACAACCGCACAAACCCACCGGAACUGUUUUGUAGUAAAUGUUGUACAUUUUGUACUUGAUACCUUGUACUUAGCAGGGAAAGAAUGUUAUUUUAUUGUGUAGUACUAGUAGUUAUAUCAUUUCAACUCAGCACGUAUUAACAUGGACCCUCUAUGGCCGACCAACUCCCCUAGGCAGUUACAUUCUUUUUAGGCCAAUUUCUGCUAUUUAUUGAGCCUGAAAAGGAGUCUGGUGGAGCACCAAAGACAGGUGUGUGUGGAUGGUGUUCAGCACCACGGACAGGUCUCUGUGUGUGGAUGGUGUUCCACACUAAUGAAGUCGUGUUUCCCUAUACAUGGAUGGUGUUCAGCACCAAGGACAGGCAUUUACCUGUGUUUGGAUGGUGUUCAGUGCCAAUGAAGUUGUGUUUGCCUGUAUAGGGAUGGCAUUCAGCACCAAGGACAGAUGUCUUUUUUUGCCCGUGUGGAUGGUGUUCAGCAUCAAGGACAGGUGUGUUUGAGUGAAUAACACCAUGAGGAACAGAAAAUCAAGAAAGGUGGAGAAAACUGGUUGUGGGAUCAUCUGUGGUGCCCCAAUGGUCAAAUAACUAAAGUACUCAUAAGAAAUUCAAACUCCACUACUGGAUAAAUUACUUACGUAAUUUAGAGAUUGAAUUACCUAUGAGUAUUGUUUAGCUGGAUGUCUAAUCUUCAUCAACGUAACUAGACUGAAGGAUAGAUGAGAUGACAGAACACAAAAUCAAGAUCAAUACAAGGCAAUACCAUGGAUACAAUUUUAUUAGACGUUAUAUCAUAUGUAACAAUGCUACAGAAAUUUUUACAUGCAGAUUGAAUACGUCACAUACAGAGUUGUGCUUAAUUGGCAACAAUAAAGGCUGAGCAGUUCCUGGUGUGUGGAUAUGUUCGUAGAGAUUGGAAAGUAUUGCAUCUGUUAUUAGAUACAAAGGCACUGGAUUACACUUAUGUUGAGUUCAGUUGCAUUAGGACAGCAAGAAAACUGCUGGAAUGCCCUUGGUGGUUAACAGUUUUAGUGUUACGGCACUACAUAUUGAAACGGCUCAAUUGUAGCAAUAUCUCAGAGACAAGUGUAAGACAUUUUGUUACUUGUAGCAUUUAGAUAUUUCCCUUUUUUCGCAUUGUAGAUAUUGACCAUAUCGCUACAACUUAGUACAAGUAUUAAAUAAAGUUCUGUAGUCUUAAACUUAAGUACAAUACUUAGUCUAAUUAUAAUAAGUAAAGGUAAAUUUACUUGGUCAACAUUUAAGUUAUAGCAACCCUAAAAUAUGGUUAUACUCUUGUUUUAUAUAUUUUUGGCAGCAGACAAUAUUAUACAGUUUCAACAGCGGAAGUAUAUCAGUUAUUACAAUAUUACAAUAAAGGUGUUCAACAAAUGACCCACAGUUCACAAUCUCAUCCAACUUUUGAGAACUCUCAAA